AGCAACAGCGGUGGGUUUGUUAGCAAACAUAAAUACUACCUUUUUCUUUCCGCUUGCUUCUUCAAUUGUAUCCUAAAAAUCCGUAAAUAUCGAUUUCAACUUGCCUUGCGAUAUUAAUUCGGACGCCAGGUUCGUGCUCGGCUAGAAAUAUUUUUCUUGUCUUAUGCCUGCGAAGUUCGUUUUUCCUUUAGGCCGUCACUCCAAUUGUGAUGCAUUCGUACACUUCACUCUUGAGCCUAUUUUUGCUGUGCCCUUGAUAUUUUAUUCCUGACCCAACGUUGAUAUUUUUUCCUGAGCAAGUUACACUUCACACUUUGAUGUUUUUUUCCCGACCAUGCGCUUCACACUUUGAUGUUUUUUUCCCGACCAUACACUUCGCACUUUGAUAUUUCUUUCCCGACAAUACACUUCACACUUUGAUAUUUUUUUCCCGACUAUACACUUCGCAUUUUGAUGUUUUUUUCCCCGACCAUACACUUCACACUUUGAUAUUUUUUUCCCGAGCAUACACUUCACACUUUGAGAUUUUUUCUGCGACCCAACAAAAUUUCAGCCAGAUUCAUCGCAGAUUUUUCGUACUAGAGCCCCGCAGUCAACAGUGCAAGUGUUGCUGCGCAUUUAUUUUGCUCUAAAUGAUGAAAAUGUUGCGACCAGGAGAUAGCCUUCGGCAAGGACAUUGUGUGCAGCCUCUUCACCAAAGGUCUUCCUCUGCGCGGGCUGUUUUUCGUCGUGGUCCUAUCGCAAGGCUAGUACUUGGCGCAAGCCUCUUUCUCAACAACACCCUGUGCACCACCGCUUCUACUGCGAGUCGGUCCUUAUUCCUGUCCCCGCACCAGCAGGGAAAGGAGGAUAAUUCUCAGGCUCCUUCAAGCCGAGUGCUCUUUCCACAUGAGCAGCAUUUAUUCGGGCAGCAGCGUGUCGGGGCGACAGAAAUCGAUGAUCACGACCAGUUCUAUCUUCACUAUUACAAUGAAAAAUGCGCCCUCCCCAUAUCAAAACGGAAAUCUGUGAUGCAGAUUUGUGGUCACAAAUCAGCUUUGUGAUGCUAGAAGGCAAAAGAUGCGGACUGUAGUGCUGUCUAGCGUUGGAAAGCCUUGCAGCUCCAGGAUGACAAAAGGCAACUGGAAGCGGGAAACAGCAUGACAGAUUGCCUGCGAUUUAGGCCGCAGCUUCGUCUCUUGGCCUUCUAGCAAUACAAGUUGAUUUGUGUACUCAAAUGCAGCAUCACAAAUUCGCGCAUCUUCCGUUUCCGAUAUGGGGUGGGGGCUUUUUUCACUUUGAUAUUCACAGCCGCGUAUUCACGCCCCUUUCGCGAACGAAAAGCCAAAUUGGCAUGCGUAUUGAGAGGAAAAAUCCCCCCUCCCCACAUUGAAAAGGUAUGUUUCCAAAAAUUUGUCUUGCGGAUUUGAGGUCACAAAUCACAUCUGUCUUGCAAGGAGACAAGGGCAGAACCUUCCGCCCCAUAUGGAAGCGAUUUGUCAUGCUGUUGGGCCUAAAGGGGAGUCGUUUGCCAUGCUGAACAACUAGAGCAAUACGCCCCUACCUAGCCUGGGGAUCUGGCCGCAGUGCCUCUCUGCAAUACAAAGCGGAUUUGUGGCCACAAAUCAGCAUCACAAGUUUCCGUUUUGAUAUGGGGAGGGGGGAUUUUUCCGUACGAUAAUGCGCAGCCCCAGUUCUGUUGCAGGCAAAGGUGCUGUCGUGGCGUCGGCGCCGACAGCUAACCGGAUGAAUUCCAUCCAACCAGCUUCAUCACGCCCCUUGGACGAAGUAGAUCCCUUUUCUUCGACGGUGUUCCUGCAACACCCUAGAACGAAGCAACCGCUCCUCUUGGACCAGAUUCUACGGCAGCGUGGGGGAGGUGGACAGGCGACGAGUUGUACAACCGAAAUGGAUUAUGAACAUCAUGCUGAAGUAGAUGAGGACACUUUGCCAAAAAUAAACCCCCUGAGCACUGGCUUUAGCCAGCUGUUUUCGUGGCUAAAGCCAUACCGCCCGGCCAUAGUUCGACGCUGUCGCGGUGGAAGAUUGUACUCGGCCUGUACCUGA